GUAUAGGUAGAGAACUUAAACAAAAAGAUAGUUUUUUUUUUCCUCUCUUUUUAGAGUGGUUUAGUUGUAUGGUGAAGACAGCAGUUCCACCUACUCUGGAUUAUUGCAUGUCUGAAACUGAAGCACAUACGUCUAACGAAGGUCUUGAAUCUGUUAAUUAGGUUAAACUUCACGAUAAAACCCAUUAAUAAUUUAAAAUUAUACGUCCAAACAUACCCCAUCACCAUCUCUCUACCAACCCAAACUCAAUUUUUGUAGCUGACUUGUUUGUACGUGAAAUUAUAAUAACUUGGCUGCAAAGCCACCAUGCCCACCACCCAAUAUAACAAACCCAAAUCCAGUUCUAGGGUUCUCUACUAUAGCCUUCUCCUCAACCAACCUUAUAGACUUUUUGCUCUUGUUUCUCAGUCCACUUCACAUAUUCUUUAAUCCCUUUAAUUUUCCUUUUUCUUUUGCUUGAGUUGUUGAUGAAGAAAUGAGAGAUAGAAUGGAAAGGCUUGUUCUUCUUCCUUUCUCCAUUGGUUGUGUCUCUGAAUCAAGUGUGGCUAUUGGGGUUCACCACCCCAGAAGAACCAAGCAGCCACCACCUCCACCAAUAAGAAAAAAAGAAGACGACGAGGAAAGCUUAUCAAGCAGUGAGAGUAUGAAGAAUGGAUUGAAAUUUCUUGCUGUUUCAAAGCCCAACAUAUCAGAUCGGUUUCACAGACUUGUCAAGGGUUUCAAGACCUUCUCUCAAUUGUUUGUAUAUGAAGAAGAAAUUGAAGAACUAGAAAUGGAAAUUGGGGUUCCAACAGAUGUGAAGCAUGUGACACACAUUGGAUGGGAUGGUUCAGCAAAUACCAAUCCAAUUCAAGGAUGGGACAAUCUCAUUCCUCCAGAGUUGCUCUCUCUUCAGCCUCCUGCUUCUCUAAGGCAACUUGAGAUUUCCAUGGCUGCACAAUCUGAUUCUCCUGCUCUUGUUAAGCCUUCAUCUGCUUAAUAUUCUAAGAGAUAGGUAUGCAUGAAUAUACGUAUAUAUGUAUGUAUGUAUAUGUAUAUGUGCACGUAUGUUGACGAAUGAGAUCAUGGAUAUUUUGGAACCAGUUUGAAUGAUGAAUGGUGCAUUUGAUAGCUUUC